UCCAACGACAAAACGGCUAUACUCUUGAAUAUUUACGUUUCCCUCCUUGGAAACUUCCUUUCUCUCUCUCUCACUUAAUAAUCACCAUUCCAAUGGUGCAAGUAACACUUGAUUUAUCUUCUUCUAUAUAUAAAACCCAAAAUAAGAAAUAAUAAUAAUAAAAAUAAGAAUAUCUCCUGUGAAUUGUGAUUUCUUGAAAGUCCAAAAAUGGCGGGUAAGAAUAAUAAUAAUUGUAUAAUUUCUUGUUAUUACUCACAACACUUUCUCUACAAACUCCUCUUCUUCCUUACUUUUCUCCCUCUCUGUAUUGCUCUGUUCUCCUUCUUCCUCCAAUGGCGCGGCGCCGCGAUCGACCCGAUUACCCGUUGGGCCUUUGAUCAAUCUGAGUUCCCUGGAAUGCUUUAUUCCCCUCUCAUUAAUUCAUUCUCACAUUCACAUAUUAAUUGCCCCAAGGAUGUCUUGGCGAAGACCACCACUUCCCCUGUUUUUCCUUAUUUCAGACAUUGGAAUUUUAAUCAUAACCUUAAUCACUCUAAUCUCACUCCAAAGGCAUGUAUUACUUCAAGUACUUCAGCAGGCCUAGAACAAAUUCUACCAUGGAUCUUCUAUCAUAAAGUUAUUGGCAUUACAAACUUCUUCCUCUUUGUGGAAGGGAAGGCUGCAGCCCCCAAUGUAUCGAAAAUUCUCGAGUCUAUUCCCGGUGUACAUAUUGUCUACAGAACAAAAGAAUUAGAGGAACAACAAGCUAAGAGCCGAAUAUGGAAUGAGUCAUGGUUGUCAAGCUUCUUCUACAAACCGUGCAACAAUGAGUUAUUUGUGAAGCAGACCCUUAACAUGGAAAUGGGUAUAGUCAUGGCAAGGGAUACUGGCAUGGAAUGGAUUUUCCAUCUUGACACAGAUGAGCUCCUGCAUCCUGCAGGAACUCGAGAGUAUUCUGUCCGAGAGUUACUAUCAAACGUUCCCAAAGAUGUGAAUAUGAUUGUAUUUCCUAAUUAUGAAAGUGCUGUUGAAAGAGAUGACAUCCAAGAGCCUUUCAGUGAGGUUUCAAUGUUUAAGAAGAACUUUGAUCACCUUCCAAAGGAAGUUUACUUCGGAAACUAUAAGGAGGCUACACGGGGCAACCCAAACUAUUUUCUGACUUAUGGAAAUGGAAAAGCAGCUGCAAGAAUUCAAGAUGACCUUCGCCCUAAUGGUGCUCAUCGAUGGCAUAACUACGAGAAAGCAACAGUUGAGAUGAAAAUGGAAGAGGCUGCAGUUUUGCACUACACAUAUUCUAAAUUCUCCGACUUGACUUCAAGACGGGAUAGGUGUAAAUGCACGCCUACAAAAGAAGGUGUCAAAAGAUGUUUCAUGUUAGAGUUUGAUAGAUCAGCAUUUAUUAUUGCUUCAACUGCCUCUGAAGAAGAAAUGCUCCAAUGGUACAAUGAACAUGUAGUGUGGAAUAGCGAAGCACUUAAACUUAAACUGUUGAGGUUUGGCAUUUUGGCUCGCAUUUAUGCUCCCAUGGACAUAAUUCAGACGUUAAGGGAAUCUGGGGUUUUUGCUACUGUUAUCGCAUCAGCACAGGCUAAUUCAUCCAACAGAAACAAUGAUUCUUCAGAUAAUGUUGGUGCACGAAAACUGUUUUCGGAAAAGCUUAGGCUUGAAUUUCCAGAAAGCACACGAAGGGUCUUGGAUGAUAUUGGAGGAGGACAUGAUCACUUGCAAGCAGUCCCACCCUUAUCUCCCCCAGGACUUCAUGAUGUUACUGACAAAAGCUAGUCUUAAAAUUGUAGUAAAAGUUUUGGCAGGUUCACAUUCUUUUCACCUUAUUGAUUGGUGAAAUCACAGAUAUGUAAAUGACAGGUUAGAUAACACAACACUGUGCAGCAACUAGUCUCUUAGAGAACAGUUGGAAUUGAACAAUACAUUUCUCCAUACAAAAGAGUUGGUUCUUAAUUAAA